AUGCUCGAAAUGGGCUCCACACUCUCAUCAUCGCCGUCUUCUCGUGUUGUAGCAGCUACAACGACGACUAUUAAAAAAACGAUUGAAAUAGCACAAAACAACAAACAAUAUAUUAUUCGGGAUGGAUUGAGAUUUGUCAUACCGUAUUGGUUAGAUUUUAGUACGGGAUGUAGAGACCGAUGGAUUCGAAGAAAAGUGUUUGAAGUCUAUCGGAGUGAAUUUCCCUACUUUUCUGAACAGUAUUUAAAAAAGGCUUUUGAAUUGGGAAGAUUAAAACAAAACAACAAGGUGAUUCAUGAUUUAGAUACUGUUAUGGAAAAGAACAAGUCUAUUACUCAUCGGGUUCAUUUCCAUGAAAAACCAAUUUAUAAUAGAAAUAUUAAUAUAUUAUAUGAUGAAAAGGACUUAUUAGUUGUUGAUAAACCUCCAUCAUUUCCGAUACAUCCGUGCGGUCGCUACAGAAAAAACUCAUUAACUUUCAUUCUUGAAGAAGCUGGAUACAAUAAUUUACAUACAGUUCAUCGAUUAGAUCAUAGUACAUCAGGUGUAUUGAUGAUUGCUAGAGAUAAGAAAGUAGCUCAAUCUAUUGUAAAUAUGAUUAACACUAGGGAAAAUACAAUUGGAAAAUAUUAUUUAUCAAUAGUGAAGGGAAAUUUUGGAAAAGAAAAUUUAACAACAAGUGGAUUUUAUGAAGAAGCGCAAGUCGUGCAAUGUGAUACAAAAGUUUAUUGCAAAGAUCACAAAAAAGGAAUUUGGUCUGCGAGUGACGAGUUGGGAACGUUUGAUGCGCUCACAUUUUAUUGCCCUAUUGCGUACAACAAGGAAGAAAAUAUUUCACUCGUAAUGUGCAAACCAAUAACGGGAAGAACUCAUCAAAUCAGAAUUCAUCUCGAAGCUCUUGGAUUUCCAAUAAGUAAUGAUUUUUUCUAUAAUCGAGAAUUUGUUAAAGAAAUGGAAAUGAAGGAGAAACCGAACGAAGCACCAGCAUCAAAUACUAUAUUGUCCUGCAAUAGUGAACAAAACACUCUGAAAAGAAAAGACAUUGACAUCACCGACAAUAAUGAAACAAAGGAAAAUUGUUUGCAACAAGCAAAAAAGAAACAAAAAUGUGAAAAUGUAAACGAAGAGAACACUGCAACGGGCAAAAGAAAGACAACUGGCAAAAAAUUUGAAGACGAGGAAAGUAAGGUUCAAGAAUAUGAGGAUGUUUGCGUGAAUUGCAACCCGUUUUACUCUGCCAUGCAGCCUUUUGAAGAAAACACUCCAUUAUGCAUUUUUCUGCACUCUUGGAGAUAUGAGCUAACAGACGAAUGGACUUUCGAGACACCUGUUCCGUCAUGGGUUUUUGAAAAGUUUCCAGCUAUUGAUUCAAGGAAUGAAGAAUCGUUGAGACAAAAGCUCAUACGUAUUAAAGACAUCAUGACCCAGACAAGCUCAACAAAAGACUAA